AUGUCAUCGAUACGAGGUAGACAAAGAGUUAAUUUUGGAUAUAAACAAGUAGAUCGUCGAAGAAAUAAUUUAAAACCAACACCACAAGAAUUUCUUAACUAUCCUGACGAACAGUAUAUUGAUUUUAGUUCACAAAAUAUAUCAAUAAAUAAAAAGCGAUUACGAGAAUCACAUAGUCCGAAAGCGAAUAAAUCAAAAAAAUUCAAACAAGAUAAUAAUAAUAGUUAUUUAAGUUCUGCUGAUUUUCAUAUGUUAACAGAUGAACUUUUAAGUCAUUACACAACAGCAAAACAACUUGAAUCUACUUUUACAUUAAAAUGGAAACUUUGUGAAGAUAUUUUUUCAAUGUUUGUUGGAAUUGUUCCAAAUUUAGGUGUUUAUUUAGUUGGUUCAAGUGCAAAUGGAUUUGCUACAGAAGAUACCGAUGCUGAUAUAUGUAUUGUGGUUUCAUCUUAUCCUAUUGAUCAAAAACGUGAAGCAGUAAAAUUUCUUGAAAUAAUGCGACGUGCUUUACGUAAAAAAAUUUUUGCUGGUGCAUGUGAUUUAAUACGUGCUCGUGUACCAAUUCUUCGAUUUACUGAUUAUGCAACUCGAUUAAGAUGUGAUGUAAACAUUAAUAAUAUAACUGGCAUUCGAAAUACAGAUUUAUUACGUUUCUAUGCUGAAACAGAUCAACGAGUAGCACCGCUUGUCUUAACUCUCAAAGCUUGGGCAAAAUUUCAUAAUAUUAAUGAUGCCAGUCAGAAAACAUUAUCAAGUUAUUCUCUUACAUUAAUGUGUCUUUUUUAUUUACAGGCUAUUGCACAACCACCAGUUGUACCUGUUUGGCAGACACUCUUAUCGGAUCGUUUUGAUGUCAAUAUUCCUGUUGCACAUUUAAAACGUAAUGAUCAACCAAAAUUAAUAUGGAGAUCAGAUAAUCAUCAAACACUUGGUGAAUUAUUUACUGGAUUUUUAAGAUUUUUUGCUAAAGAUUUUCGAUAUGAAAAACAUGCUAUUAGUGUUCGAAUGGGUUGUUUAAUCGAUAAAGAUGAUUUUUUAGAUAAUGAUACGACAAACUAUGGACAUGCUCUAUUAGCUAUUGAAGAACCAUUUGAUUUAACCAAUACAGCUCGAUCUGUUUAUGAUGAUGAUGAAUUUGAACGUAUAGUUCGUGUAUUUCGUCGAAGUUAUUAUACGAUUGAUAAAACAAAAUCAUUUUCUUCAAUUCUUACAGAACAAUUUAAAUAA